AUGGCAAUCGUUACCAACGCUCCGUCAUCCCACCAGGCUGCUGUCUACGACAAACCUGGUGAACUCAGCACCAAGGUGGUAGAUAUUGAGACUCCCAGCCCAUCGGCAGGAGAGGUGCUGGUGAAACUGUCUCAUUCCGGGGUCUGUCACUCAGACCUUUCCAUCAUGAAGAACUCUUGGGGGAUGCCGUUUUCGCUUCCUGAUACUCAAAUUGGUGGUCAUGAAGGUGUUGGGACAGUUGUUCACAUUGGAGAGGGUGCAGGUAUACACGGCUUCGCGAUCGGAGAUCGAGUCGGAGUCAAAUGGCUGAGGGAUAUCUGCGGUAGUUGUGUCUACUGCAUCGCUGGAGAGGAUGGCCUCUGUGCCAAGCAGUCUGUAUCCGGCAUGUUCAACCCAGGGACAUUCCAACAAUACCUCACUGUACCAGCUCGAUACCUGACGCCUAUUCCCGAGGGUGUGAGCUCUGAAGUAGCUGCACCGAUGCUGUGCGCAGGGUUGACUUCGUACGCGGCGUUGCGUAAAGUGACGGCCAGUCCAGGUGAUUGGGUUGUUGUUUCGGGUGCCGGAGGAGGUUUGGGACAUCUUGUCACGCAGAUAGCUGCAAGAGCCUUUGGAUAUCGCGUUAUUGGUAUCGAUCAGGCAAGCAAGGAAGACGUGGUGAAGGAGAGCGGUGCUGAGGUCUUCAUGGAUGCUGCGACAUCCGGGGAGGAAUUGACCUCCCAGAUCAAGAAGCUCACUGACAACCUCGGCGCCAGCGUGGUAAUCAUAUGUGCAUCCAGCAACGCAGCAUACUCUCAAGGCCUUGGACUAUUGAGACCUGGAGGGACAUUAGUCGGUGUUGGAAUGCCCGGAGGCAAACCCGUCGCAAUUGCAAGCGCCAUGCCUGGACCUAUUGUUCAAAAGCAGCUGAAGAUUGUCGGAUCGAUAUUGGGGAACCGCCAGGAUGCGAUUAAUGUGCUGAACUUGGCUGCGAGAGGGGUGAUUACUGUGCAUUACCAGACAAGGAGGCUGAGUGAGUUGACGGAGGUCUUUAGGGAGAUGGAAAGUGGGAGGCUUGCGGGAAGGGCUGUUUUGGAUCUGCAGAGCUAA